AGUCUUCGACACCAGCAGCCGACAAGUCCUGAAGUGAAUGACUUGGAUCCUUCUGACAAUGACUUGCCAACCCAUCGUUGCGUGACACCAAAUCAUACCUCGCCUCUUUUGGUCUCCGCCCUCAGUCCCCUCCUCCCUUCUCAACACCACCUCUUGCCCAGCAACCUGCCCCACUCAUAUCAAAAGAUGCCCCCCAGAAAACUCCCCAGCAAGAGGCAGAGACGGCUAAGCAGUCAUCUAUUCUCACUUCCAUCUUGAAUCCCGUCUACCGUCGCACUGCUCUCGUUAAGCUACAAAGCCCCUUCACUAAUGUCCAACUCGAAAGCAUCGCUCGCGGCAUGGUUUACCUCGAGAAGCUCGGUCUCGUGAGUGUCAUCGUGGUCGAACACGACCAGCGAGGCGAGGAAGGGGAACGAUCCGUGGUCAUCGAAGAAACCAUGCGUGUCGUGUCUGCCCUUGAGGCUCAGGGUGCCAAGGCUCGUCCCGUUCUCGGAGCUGUGGUUCGUCUGGGACCCAAGCCGGGUGACGACGAAGUACCCCAACAGGACUUUGUCCCUCCCGAGGCUCACGCUUUCCCCUCCGAUCUUGUUCCCAUCUGCUCCUCCCUACGUGCUGGAGAGAUUCCGGUGCUGCCACCGUUUGCGCUAGACUCCUUCUGUCGUUCUGUUCGUGUCGACGCGAAUGAUGUCCUUGGCGCCUUAGCACGGGGUAUGGCAGAGGCGUCUACCACCUUGGACGAGCAAAAUCAACAGCAAUGCAAGGAUUACAGUGAAGACAUCAACAUCACUCCUUUACGUCUCAUGAUUAUCAAUAAGGAGGGCGGUGUGCCCUCUUAUGCGCGCUCGGGCUACCCCCAUCUACUCGUUAACCUAUCUGCCGAACACGACUUCAUCCACGACACCUUCGACCCCUCGUGGAAGAAAGACCACCCGAGCGCCCUGGCAAACUUGAACCUCGCCCGAACGUGUCUCGCUUACAUGCCCUCCACUUCCUCCGCUGUCAUGGUCUCUCAUCGUUCCCCUAGCUCCCUCAUCGCUAACCUGAUCACCAAUAAACCUGCUGUGAGCUCCAGCCUACCCCACGCGCUCCUACAGAACAACAGGAAGCUCACGCCGGACUCGCCUACGCUCAUCCGGCGGGGUCUUCCGAUCCAAGUCCUCCGCAAGUCCUCCGACAUCGACCGUGUGAAGCUCAAGUACCUUCUCGAAACCUCUUUCAGGCGCGAACUGAACGAGGACGCUUUCUACGCGCGCUUGGAGCGGGACCUCGACUUCGUCAUCAUUGCUGGCGAUUACGUCGGCGCCGCCAUCGUCACGAACGAGCCCGCUGGCCCCUCGGGCGCGCCGCCCAUAUCUUACCUCGACAAGUUUGCCGUCCUGCCGAGCCACCAGGGCGACGGCACCGUAGACUUCCUCUGGGUCGCGCUCCACGACGAGUCGUACGGCCUCGGCCACCCGUUCUCGAUCAACCCCAACGGCGGCAAGGAGGGCAAGGGCGAGGGCGCCGACCUGGUGUGGCGGAGCCGCGCUGACAACCCGAUCAACAAGUGGUACUUCGAGCGCAGCACGGGCCACAUCCGCAUGGGCCAGUGGGUCCUCUUCUGGUGCGACGCCGAAAAGCGGCUCAAGACUGAGCAGGCGCGCCGCGGAAACGCGGGUAUAUCGUAUGUAGAGGACUGGGAGGCAGAGCGGCUGACGCAGUGGGCCGAUGUCGUCACCAAAAUUCCGUCGGCGUGGAAGUAGAUCUCUCAACGUUUGUAGCAUCUUUGCUGUAUCUCCACAUGCAUCACAUAGACAGGACGGUCUCGUUCUAAAUAUUGUAUCCUAAAGUGUUCCAUUUAUGGUCGUCUGACACAGAGAAUCUAUGCAUAUGAUAUGAUCAAGAAAACUAGCUAUUGACUGACGGUCGAGUAGUAC